ACACGGCCCUGUCCGCCGCGGCCCCACCCCAGCCCCUCCCUGACGCCCGUGGCCCCUGCAGGCUCCCGGCGGAAGCUGAGGCUCUACCAGUUCCUGCUGGACCUGCUGCGGCGCGGCGCCAUGCGGGAGUGCGUGUGGUGGGUGGAGCGCGAGGCCGGCGUCUUCCAGUUCUCCUCCAAGCACAAGGAGCUGCUGGCCCACCGCUGGGGGCAGCAGAAGGGGAACCGCAAGGCCAUGACCUACCAGAAGAUGGCCCGGGCCCUGCGCAACUACGGCAAGACGGGCGAGAUCCGCAAGGUGAAGAAGAAGUUGACCUACCAGUUCGGCCAGGCCCUGCUGGGGCUUCCGGGUGCUAACGCCCCUUCGUAGGGCCCCGGGCGGCGGGACUGGACAGUGCGCUGGGAACGGACCGCCCCCCCCCAGCCCCCAAAGCCACCCCACAGAGCUCUCCCCAGGAGCCAGGGCACCUGGGUUCUCUCCCCGGCUCUGGGAGGGGAGUGGGGACUAGUGGUUAGAGCUGAGGAGCUGGGAGCCAGGACUCCUGGGUUCUCUCCCCAGCUCUGGGAGGGGAUGGGGGCUG